UGAUGAUCAUGGCUUUGAUAGUGCUAGGGUUCGUCGUGCGCCGUUGACUUCUUGGAUUUGCAGGUCCUUGGUGGCUGAUGAUGUUUCUCAAUUUUUCGAUGAAGACAGCAAGGAUUUCGCAGCAGCUGAAGCUAGCAUAAGACACUCAGUGGAACUACAUCUGAUUGCCGCUCCCUUUUUGUGUCUAGAGAAGCAGGGCAGAGAUCAGUUUCUUUCCGGAGACACAGUAGUGCUGAGAGGUAUUCAAGAGGAGGAAGCGACUGCUAUAGAGCCGCCUUUAGCUGCACAGACAGGUUUUGCUGCCUAUGCACAGAAAAAAGCAGUGGAAGAACGAACAAGACAGACGAAGCCGUCUGCAGCUUCUAGUAAAAUUGUAGUUCCAAGAACAUUACAAACCGAAGUAGAAGAUUCAAAAAAAGCGAAAGAGAAGGCAAAUAUCCCGCUACGUCUCAACGGUCGACGCGCACGCAUCCGGAAACUGGCUGACGAGCGACGCGUAGUAGUCAGGAGAAACAACAAAGAGAUCAAAUCUCUCACCACCGCCAAUGUGAUGCGCGCAGAUCAACUAGUCCGAGACGAAGAAGAGCUUGGGCCGUUGGAAAGGCACAAACUGUACGAAGCAGAGGCAAAAGAACUAGCGGCUUUGUACGACUUGCAGUUGCAAGAGUUGACCGCAUGUCAGCAGCUAUUACUGGCUGAUCAGGAACGGUUUGCGUAUCUUUUGGCAGAUCACAGUAACCGGUUUGACGAGGUGCAUAAUGGGGAAGAGGACGAGCAGGCGAGGUACACGGAUGAGUGGAAUAUGAUGAUAUGGCGAGGGCAAGAACUGCUCACUCCAUAGCUGUGUUUUGUGGAUCAAUAUGAUCUGUUCACUUCAUACUUGAAUGUUCAGUACAGCAUUGAUCUCUUUUCGUUUUCACUGUCCUUUAAAUUUUCUGGUAUUGACAGUCAUUAUGAGCAGCAUGUUGACCAUGAGCAUGACCAUUGUUCGCAUUCGGUCCAGAGUUUUAGCUUCUUCUAACCUGUGCUGCGACCAACCGCCGUCUGAAGACAGAGCACAGCAAGUAUAUCCUGUCCAGAGAGGUGCAGUUGCUGAAGAUCUUGCGCGAGGGGCUAGAUCUCCGUGUCCAGGAGUUGAUUGAGGAUAGUCGAAGGAUAGAACGCACAGAAGAAAGACUCAGGCGGAAGAUCUUCCUCGCCAUCCAAGAGUACGAAAUCGCGCUGCUCUGCUCUACCGGUUUAGUUUCCUCAACGGCUUUGUUGAGACGUAUGCGUCAGCAAGAGCGGGUGUUAGGGAGGCAGCAGGAAGUCCUGGACCAACUUCGGUUUCACCGAGACUUGGAGGAAGACGAGUGCAAGCGAUUGCGCCAAAUAGCCUUGCAGAACUUGCACGAAGACCUGCUAGGGAGUGAAGAAGAAAGAAAGGCUGGGGAGAUGGGAGCUGCAGUUGUUUCGGUGGUUUAGUAUAAGUAUACAAGUAGUUGUUGCUAUAGUACAAACUGGUUCGUGUUAUAAUCUAAGUAAUUUAUCACCUUUAUUUGGCUUCUUGUGUUGUCAUUCAUCUGUGCAUUACAGUUGCGUUGCACUGGCACUAUAGCUGCCUGCUUGUUGCCUGUUGAUUGAUUUCUGUUGCCUGUUGCAAAUUUUGCCAUCUAUUCAAGUUCGUUGUUGAUUGUGUCUACUGACAUUGCUUGUGAAAAUAAAGCGACUAGUAAAUGCUUGUCGUCGUAGUUCACUUUGCUAACUGAGAUUCCUACUCCAUGGGAGAAGUACACUACAAAUACGGCUGCCACCCGC